GCGGAGCGCAAGCACGACAUCACCAUUCACGAUCCACCGUCCCUACUGCAUCUUUCCAUAACCUUUAUACCGUGUGUCUCGACGUGUAAUAGGACCUUACCAAUCUCAUACCUUCAUUCGAGCGAUGUGAAACCUCAAUCCCGCCCCUACCACUCACCUUAACCUUCUAGACUACCCAUCAGCUAUGACGCUUAUCAUCACCAUCUCUCCGCAAGCGCGUAUCUCGUAUCUGACUCUGGCAAGCAUUGGUCGUCGCACAUUCUCCACCUGCUGCUCCAAAAAGUCCAGCCAAUACUCUCGAUCAGACUUCACGACUCAAGGAUUCACCGGAAUCUACGAACCAGGUCAGCCGACCAGCGGCCCGCUGGGAGGCGCAUCCAUUGCUGGAGCUCCCCGCGUGACGCCCAAGGCUUUGAAACAACAUCUUGACCAGUUCGUCGUCGGGCAAGAACGUGCGAAGAAGGUCCUGAGUGUUGCCGUCUAUAACCAUUACCAGAGGGUGCAGGAGCUUCAGAGACAGGAAGAUGAACAGGCCGAGCUCGAGGCGCAGGCGCAGAGGCGGGAAAUGGCCCAUCGGCAUCCCGUUGAAGACGAGUUCCCAGGCCAACAACCGACCAUGAAAGUCUACCCUCCGCCGCCCCCGUCGCAAGCUCCACCUCCCACACCCCCGAAUGAAACCUCACCAAUACUAGACUCCACACCACUUCAGAUAGAGAAGUCCAAUGUGCUUCUGCUGGGUCCGUCGGGUGUGGGUAAGACACUGAUGGCUAAGACGCUUGCCCGCGUGCUUGACGUCCCUUUCAGCAUGUCGGACUGCACCCCGUUCACACAGGCUGGAUACAUUGGCGAGGAUGCUGAGGUGUGCGUACAAAGGCUACUUGCAGCUGCCAAUUACGAUGUCGCCGCUGCUGAGCACGGUAUCAUCUGUCUGGAUGAGAUAGACAAGAUUGCCACUGCUAAGGUCUCGCACGGCAAGGACGUCAGUGGCGAGGGCGUGCAGCAAGCACUAUUGAAAAUAAUUGAGGGUACAACGCUACAGAUUCAAGCAAAGCCAGAAAGGGGAAACCCUGGAAGAGGGCCGGGCAGUCAAGGGAACGCAUUCCCCUCCAAUAAUCCUUUGGAUGGUUCGCGCAGCCCAGGCUCGGGUGCUGGUCCACCCAAUGCUGGCGGGAAGGGUGAGGUCUUUAAUGUUCGCACCGACAAUAUCCUGUUCAUUUUUACUGGCGCCUUUGUCGGUCUCCAUAAGGUGAUCAUGGAUCGCAUCUCGAAAGGUAGUAUAGGGUUUGGCGCGCCCGUGAGGUCUUCAAAUCAAGACUCCGGAGCCAACGAGACAAUGUUGAAGGGCGAGCAGGAGCUCUUCAAGAAACACUUACCGUUCUUCAUCCCAGUAGAACGCGAGAAACCGAAUCCUUUCGGUCCCACUCCACAACCAAAGCCGGCAGAACAACUAUUCAAUACGCUCGACUUGGUCGAGCCAGCAGACCUACAGAAGUACGGCAUGAUACCUGAACUAGUGGGAAGAAUUCCAAUAUCAUGUGCCCUUGCCGCAUUGGACGAGAAAGCACUCGUCCGCGUUCUCACAGAGCCGAGGAACAGUCUCCUCAAACAGUAUGAACAACUGUUCCAAUUGUCCGGCAUCGAAUUACGCCUCACGAGCGGCGCACUGCGGGAGGUCGCAAAAGGCGCGAUGGGAAUGCGGACGGGGGCACGAGGUUUACGAACAGUGCUCGAGCGCCUGCUGGGCGAGUGCAUGUUCGAGACACCAGGCUCCCACGUCAAACACAUUCUCAUCACACAAGACGUUGCCCAGCUCAAGUGUGCACCCCUCUACUUCCAACGCGGACAGUCCCACAGCUUCCACUCGGCCAUCGCACACGAGGAGGAGAAGUGGGAAGAUGAACUGCGCAAGGAGGAGGACAGCGGACACGUCAGCUCGUUCGAGCAGUAUCGUAAGCAAGGAUUGGUCGCCGGCGCUGGGGGUUUCAUGUAAGAUGGCGAUGAUGAUAUAUGCAGAGCCGAUCUAGCGUUUUUGGCCCUCCGCAAGCCGAUGAUUUAUUCCGAACGCCUUUCGCCUAUGUAUAUUCUUCCUGUUUGAAGCGUUGCACAUGAAGCUCACGUUUUAAUCGAUCCUGUAACGAAAUGAAAUGCCAUUCAUACGCAAUUAUCAAUUAAU